AACACGAACUCGCAUUCGGACGGUACCAGUCUCCGACUAUAAAAUGCCAGACGCUCGUCCCAACAUCCAGGCCUUCAUUCACCAUGACCCUUAACAGAGCUCUCUCUAGCCGCUUCUCUACCAAGAGCCAGGCAAAUGGUUCAACAUUACCGACCACACUUGCUGAUGUCAGUCCCUCGUCGAGCGACGCCAACACAAGCAAGGCAUUGGCACACAUCAAGGACCUCAUGAAACGACCCCUUGAAGAAAUUAACGAGUCUGCCCUCUCGGCAGCGCUUGAUGCUAUCACCCAUGCAGAUGCAGUUGAUGACCGCAAGAUGCUCUUGGAACAUUUAUUGUCAUUCAUGGCGAAUCACCCUUCAGGAAAGAUUUCUAGUAUGGCUCGCACUUUCACCAUCAAGACCCUGUACAAUGACCUCGCACACCCCCCUGCUACUUAUAUUGGGCCCGAGUAUCAGUUCCGAGCUGCUGAUGGUUCAAGUAACAACCCUGAUGCUCCAAACCUUGGAAAAGCUGGUACUCCUUAUGCACGGUCUGUUCAAGGAGCAAACCCAUUACCACGCAACCAAAUGCCCGAUGCCGGUCUCGUCUUUGAUACUCUCCUACGCAGAGAAAAGUUUACCCCGCAUCCCCAGGGUCUAUCCGCCCUCAUGUUCUCCUUUGCAGCACUUGUCAUUCAUAGUGUAUUCCGCUCAGACCAUACUCCAGGCAGGCAACACAUAAACAUGACGUCGGGUUACGUUGAUCUUGCACCCUUGUACGGAAACGACCAAGAAACUCAGGACAAGGUCAGGAACAAGGACGGCCGCGGUUUACUUCACCCAGAUGUAUUCGCAGAAGAUCGUCUCCUUUUCCUUCCUCCUGCAGUUUGUGUCCUCUUGGUCUUGUUCAGCAGAAAUCACAACUACAUUGCACGUCGUUUACUCGAAAUCAAUGAACGCGGUACCUGGAAAGACCCUUCUCACCAUCGUCACCUCAGUCAUGCACAGCUCAACAAGCAAGACGAAGAGAUAUUCCAGAUCGCCCGUCUAUGCAACUGUGCAUGGUUCGCAGCCGUCGGAUCCAGCUGGAGUUUGGAACCGUUUGAUGAAAUUCGUAAUGAAGAUCACUCGGUCUUCGAGCGUGGCCGUGGUAAUGCUUGCAGUGUCGAAUUCAACUGUCUGUACAGAUGGCACGCCACCACCUCAGUUGAGGACGAGCAGUGGAUCAGUGGCCAGCUGGGGGCGCUGUUCCCUGGCAAGAAUGUUGAGGAUAUCACGUUGAGGGACUUUUAUACCAAAGAAGCUACCCUCUUUAAGAGCGAGCCAGAUCUUCAGGAAUGGACAUUCGAUACUCUUCAGCGCGAGAAAGAAGGUCCUAACAAGGGAGCGUUCAAAGAUUCUGAUCUUGCGAAUUUACUCCAGGGCGCGACCGCCCAUCGUGCUUCCAGCUUUGGUGCUCGUAACACGCCUGCAGUCAUGCGUCUCCACGAGAUCAUGGGUAUCGAGGCUAAUCGGGCAUGGGGCGUUUGCUCGCUGAAUGACUUUAGGAAGUUCCUUGGCUUGAAGACGUACACCAGUUUCCGGGAAUGGAACCCCAACCACGACGUUGCUGACGCUGCUGAGAAGCUCUAUGGUCACAUCGACAACUUGGAGUUGUACGUUGGUCUCCAAGCCGAGGAGACCAAGCCUCUCAUUGAGGGUGCAGGUCUCUGCCCAGGGUACACCAUCUCCCGUGCCAUUCUCUCCGAUGCAUUUGCCCUAACGCGUGGUGACCGCUUCUACACGCAGGACUUCACGCCUUACAACUUGACUGCCUGGGGUUUCGCUGAUUGCCAGCGUGACCCUGACGCAUAUGGGUUCGGGUCCACUCUCGGCCGUCUUUUCCUGCGCACGCUGCCCAACCAUUACAGCAAAGACAGUGUCUACACUUGGUUCCCUCUCGUUCACCCCGAUGCGAUGGAGGGUUAUCUGAAGAACCUUGGCAAGGUUGAUGGGUAUGAUGCUGCCAGGCCGAAGCCGAGCGAGCCUGCUACUACUGUUAAUGGUUACGUGGAGGUUGGCCAGGUACUGCGAAGCACUGAUAAAUACGUACCCGAGUAUGUCGAACGCGCAGCAGAGGUCCUGAAAGGCAAAGGGUUCUUUACGGCAUCUGCAGACGGCGUUGAAGAGCAGAAGCAGUUCAUUAGAGCACUCGCUCCCUCUCCAGAAGCGAUCAGUGCGAUCGGGACGUACUUCAACAACAAGACGAAGGAGCUCAUCGAGCUGCAUUCGUUCACAUUGAUCGGGUCGAACACGCGUGGUGUUAACAUCGUGAGGGAUGUGUUGAAGUAUGUGCCGUUGCAUUGGGCUGCUACGGAAAUUGCUGGUAUCCCGCUCAAGACGAAACAGCAUCCUCAUGGUGUAUACACCGAGUCUCAGUUGUUUGACAUGCUUGGAGAGAUUUACCAAUUCAUCUUCCUUGAAGUGGAGCCAGCGUACUAUAUGCCGAUAAGGCAGAGGGUGAAGGAGCACGUGCAGGAGCUGACGCAUCUGAUCAAGACCGCUCUUGGGAGCGCUGGGAGCAAGUUGCCAUUUGCUGGGUUGAUUGGCACAGUGUCUAGUCUUUUUGGGAAGAAGAAGAGCCACAGUGAGAUCGUGAAGCGCUUGUUUGAGUUUGGUUGCUCGACGGAGCAUGUCGUGAACUCGAUUCUGGCGUUUUUGGUCGGGGCUACUGUUGAAAUGUCUCUUGCGUUGACAAAUGUCGUCAAUCUGCUCCUUCACAAGGAGUAUGAUUCAGAAGUCACGGUCGCGGCGGAUAAGAAAAUGGAUGUCAAGAACGUUGGUAGUUUGACUGCCUUCAUUACCGAGGCUCUCAGAAUCGACCCACCAUUUGCUGGUGUCUACCGUGUCGCGAAGCAAGACGAAUCUAUCGAGUCGCUGAACGUCAGGAAAGGUGAACGCCUCUUCCUACACAUCGCCAGUGCAAACAUGAACGAAGACGCGUUCCCUAGCCCUCACAUCCUAAAUGCCGCCCGCACACCACGUGAACGCUACCUCCAAAAUGACGGGUGCUUCAAAGUCUUAGGUGACGAACUAGCAUCCACGAUACUGGCUGAAGUCCUCCGGGCGGUCGCAUCGCUCGAGAACGUGCGCCGAGGGCCUGGCCAGUCUGGCAAACUUACGCGGUUCCCGGAUUCGGCCAUUCCGGUGCUGCAUUAUGCGUAUUUGAAUGAGAAGAUGCUGCAGAGCCCGUGGCCGACUUCUAUGAUUGUGAAUUAUGAUGGUGCCAAGUGAGGUGAUAUUAUGUCAUGACUGGAUCUUUAGCUUCAUCUACAAAAACCCUCUUGUAAUAAGACAAUACCAUGCAUUGCUUUAGCUUUA